CUUGUGCUUGAAGCUUCCCACAACUACUCAAAAUGGCUGAAGAACAACAAAAUUCGAGUUAUAGCAUUGGUGGAAACAUUCUUCCUACUCCUGAAGAAGCUGCUACAUUCCAGCCCCAAGUUGUUGCAGAAGGCGGAUGGGACAAAUGUUGGGAAGACGGGGUAACACCAUGGGACCAAGGAAGAGCCACACCUCUCAUUCUUCAUCUUCUCGACUCUUCAGCUCUCCCUCUUGGCCGUACCCUUGUCCCCGGCUGUGGCGGAGUUAGUCUUCUCUCUUUCCAUUUUGGUUUGGUUUGAGUUCGAGCUUUUUUUUUAGUUUUUAUAUCUUUGUAGUUUAGAACAUAUUUAAGGAUUUGGAGAUUACAACCGAAUCUAGUUUGAGUUGGUAACUUGGUAUGAUAGGUUUUCGGAUUCAAAUUCUAAGACUUAAAUGCUUGUACAUUAAAAUUGUAUGUUGUAAUAUUAUUAUGAACGUGAGUAGGGACACGACGUCGUUGCGAUGGCAAGCCCUGAACGUUUCGUAGUUGGAUUGGAUAUUUCUGACAAGGCUCUCAACAAAGCUAAUGAGACUUACGGCUCCUCACCGAAGGCAGAGUACUUUUCGUUCGUGAAGGAAGAUGUUUUCACUUGGCGUCCUAACGAAUUAUUUGACCUCAUCUUCGAUUAUGUGUUUUUCUGCGCAAUUGAACCGGAGAUGAGACCUGCAUGGGGUAAAUCCAUGCAUGAACUCCUCAAACCUGACGGAGAACUUAUAACUCUUAUGUAUCCGAUGACCGACCACGAGGGUGGAGCUCCCUACAAAGUAGCUUUGUCUUCCUACGAAGAUGUGUUGGUUCCGGUAGGAUUUAAAGCGGUGUCCGUUGAGGAGAACCCAGACUCCAUUCCCACUCGUAAGGGCAAAGAGAAGCUUGCGAGGUGGAAGAAGAUUAACUGAUUCAAGGGAGAGUCAGAGAGAUCAUAUCUUACUGUUUAGUAAGAUCAGUGUUAUAUAUGUGUGUAAAAUCCUAAUCUAUUAAGAAUAAACUGAGUAUCAUAUACUCUAUGUAAGAUAUAUGUGUUUAAAGGUGAAUGCUUAUCAGGCCGUGACCAGCGUCUACGUACGCCACGACGGUGGCGAUCUCUCCCCUUGUUGUUAUGUCACAUGUUCCUUAUCUGUAUCUGUGUUAUAUUGUGUUUCAGUUUAAUAAAGUUUCUCCUUUCCAAUUAGAGUUUUUUACUCUAUUGAUUGGUGUGGAGUUUUGUUUC